CUACUCAAGACAACACACAAAUUUGUUUUAUAUACAAAGUACAAACGAUAAAUAAAUUAUUUAGACAUAGAAAUCCUCCAGUGUGUUUUUCUUAUAUUCUUGUUACUCAACUUUUACCUAAUUGUCACUUCACCCAUAAUGUUCCUUUACUAUUCAAUUAUCUCUACUGUUUUGGCACAAUUUUCCCUCUUUUGCUUGUUUGGACAGUUUAUCUAUAGCAAAACUGAGCGAAUUUCCACUGAUUUGUAUAACACAAAAUGGUAUGAAUUAGGAAUUGCGGAUCAAAAGAAAAUCUUAAUGAUGCUGAAAAUAUCGCAGAAGAAUUUUGGAUUAAAAGCAGCUGGAAUGUAUGAUAUUAAUUUUGUAAUGUUUGUCCAAGUGAUUAAACUGUGCUUUUCUUACUGCACCAUUUUGUAUACAUUGAUGUAA